AAAUGUAAAAACCCUCGCGCCGCAUCAUCGUCACAUUCAUUUCUGAAAUUUCUAAAAUCACAGUCACCGAAGUUAGUUAGAGAGAGUGAGAGACAGCAAUGGCGGACGACGACGGUUCAAGCAGGAAGCGAAGACCAACUCGAGGCCCUGACGCCACCGCACGCAGCCAAGCCUUAGAACUUCUCCGAUCCCGCAGAUCCAACGGUCCUCGAUCCACCACCACACCACAAAUCCGACUCGAAAACCCUAUCUACGACACAAUCCCUGAGGAUGAAUACACCGCCUUAGUCGCCAGCCGCCGCGAACAAUCCCGCUCAUUCAUCGUCGAUGACGACGGAUUUGGUUACAACGAUGAAGGCGAAGAAGAGGAUUGGUCCAAAGCCGGUUUCUCCCUUUCCUCAGACGAAGAAUUCGAUGGUGAAUCGGAGAAACCUAAACGGAAGAAAGAGAAAGAUGCUUCACAGAUCAAGCGUCCUUCUGUUUCUUCUUCUGCGGCUAAAUUAUCAGCUGCUGCUGCUAUGAUGGGCGGAUCAAGAGUUUCGUCGAUGUUUACUUCUGCUAAUUUUAAGAAAAGUAGAGAUGAUAAGGUUUGUGAGAGUAUUGUAGAUGAUGUUCUUAAGGAGUUUGCGCCGGAUGAGAACGAUAAAAUUAGUCGGAGAAAGGUUCAAUCAAAUUCGUCUUCUGUUGUUAAUGAUGCACGUAUUAAGGCUAUACCUAAGCCCUCUGCUGAAUCUGUAUUAGGCUCUUUUGCGAGUGAAAAUUUCACGAAAAUUGGUAAUCGUGGAAAUGGUGAAGUUGAAUCUGUUAGGGUUAAUAAGGAUAGGGAUAAUGGAUCUAGGUUAGGGUUAGUGGAAAAGAGUGAAGUAGAAGUGAAUGAGAGUUUGGGAAAUUGCGAGGGAGGAAUGGUGGUGGAAGACAAUGAAUGUGGUAACGAGGAUUUAGUUGAAGAGAAAGUGGCGUAUGUGAAAGACGAAGAAAUGGAAGUGAAACCUGUUGUGAAAAAGGAGGGUUUUACUUUGAAUGCGAAAGUUAGUGAAGAAGCGGUGGAUCCGAAGUUGUGUGCUACGGCUGGAUGGCAGGCGGCUAGGAGUGGUGGAGGUGGAGGUGGGGAGGUAAAUGUUGCUGAUACGAAUAAUCAACAACAGACGGAGUUUAAUUUGGAGCCAGAGGGGUCGUUGCCUUUUUACAUACUUGAUGCUUAUGAGGAGUAUUAUGGAGCUAAUAUGGGUACUCUUUAUUUGUUUGGCAAGGUCAAAACAGGGACUUUGUAUCAGAGUUGCUGUGUUGUUGUGAAGAACAUGCAGAGGUGUGUCUAUGCAAUUCCAAGUCAUCCUUUGCAUUCCACCAAUGAGAUGAUACAGCUUGAGAAAGAUGUCCAAGAGUCUCGAAUUUCUCCUGCAGAUUUCCGUAAAAAGCUGCAAGACGCAGUAUCUGAUACAAAGAAUGAGAUAGCAAAACAUCUGGUGGAUCUGGGCGUUUCUUCCUUUAGCAUGGCACCUGUCAAGAGGAAAUAUGCAUUUGAAAGGACAGACAUUCCUGCAGGUGAAAAUUAUGUGGUGAAAAUAAAUUAUCUGUUCAAGGAUACAGCACUUCCAGUAGACCUCAAAGGAAAAAGUUUCUGUGCUCUUCUUGGAGCUCGAAACAGUGCACUUGAGCUAUUUCUGAUUAAAAGAAAGAUUAAGGGGCCUUCAUGGCUACAAGUUUCAAACUUUUCUACCUGCUCAGCAUCCCAAAGGGUUAGCUGGUGCAAAUUUGAAGUGAUUGUUGACUCUCCUAAAGACAUCAGGGCUUCUUCUCCAUCUUCUUCAAAAAUCACUCUAGUGAAUCCCCCUGUGGUUGUCACAGCAAUAAACUUGAAGACCACCAUAAAUGAGAAACAGAACAUAAAUGAAAUUGUAUCUGCAUCUGUUGUCAGUUGCAAUAUGGUUAAGAUUGACACUCCUAUGCUGGCUUCAGAGUGGAAGAGACCUGGAAUGCUGACCCAUUUUACUGUUAUUCGCAAACUUGAUGGGAAUAUAUUUCCAAUGGGAUUCAAUACGGAGGUCACGGACAGAAACAUAAAAGCUGGGUCAAAUGUUCUGUGUGUUGAAAGCAGUGAAAGAGCUUUGUUAAAUCGUCUAAUGUUACAAUUACACAAGAUGGACAGUGACGUUCUUGUUGGACAUAAUAUUUCUGGAUUCGACCUCGAUGUUCUUCUCCACAGAUCUCAGGCUUGUAGAGUACCAAGCAGCAUGUGGUCUAAACUGGGCCGUCUCAACCGUUCUACGAUGCCUAAGCUCGAUAGAAGAGGCAAAACAUUUGGUUUUGGAGCUGAUCCUGCUAUCAUGUCUUGUGUUGCCGGUCGGCUUCUUUGUGAUACAUAUUUAUGUUCUCGUGACCUAUUGAAGGAGGUUAGCUAUUCUUUAACCCACCUUGCAAAAACACAGCUAAACCAGUCUCGGAAGGAAGUUGCUCCACAUGAAGUUCCAAAAAUGUUCCAAACUGCAAAAUCCCUGAUGGAGCUAAUUGAAUAUGGUGAAACGGAUGCAUGGUUGUCUAUGGAACUCAUGUUUUAUUUGAGUGUCCUUCCUCUCACACGCCAGUUGACUAAUCUAAGUGGCAAUCUAUGGGGGAAAACUCUUCAGGGUGCCCGGGCACAGAGGGUGGAGUAUCUUCUGUUGCAUGAAUUCCAUAAAAAGAAAUAUAUUGUUCCAGACAAGUUUUCUAACUACGCAAAAGAAACAAAAUUGACGAAGCGCAGAGUAACUCAUGGUGUCGAUGAUGGCAACUUUGACGAUGCAGAUAUCAAUGAUGCAAACUAUCAUAACGAUGCUUCUGAAAGUGAUCAUAAGAAAAACAAAAAGGCUGCUUCCUAUGCUGGAGGGCUGGUUUUAGAGCCAAAGAAGGGUCUAUAUGACAAAUACAUAUUACUUCUGGACUUCAACAGUCUAUACCCUUCCAUCAUUCAGGAAUAUAAUAUCUGCUUCACAACUGUUGAAAGAUCUUCAGAUGAUUCUUUUCCUCGUCUGCCAUCUAGUAAAACAACUGGAGUCUUGCCAGAGUUGCUGAAAAAGCUGGUUAAGUUGAGGCGAGAAAAAAAGACAUGGAUGAAAACUGCAUCUGGUCUUAAACGUCAGCAACUGGACAUUGAGCAGCAAGCACUGAAGCUUACGGCCAACAGUAUGUAUGGAUGCCUUGGAUUUUCCAAUUCAAGAUUUUAUGCAAAACCACUGGCAGAGCUCAUUACCCUACAAGGAAGGGAGAUACUGCAAAGUACUGUUGAUCUUGUUCAAAAUAACUUGAAUUUAGAGGUGAUCUAUGGUGAUACUGAUUCAAUAAUGAUUUACAGUGGGCUAGAUGAUAUUGCAAAAGCAACUUCAAUAUCUAAGAAAGUUAUUCAAGAGGUCAAUAAGAAAUAUCGGUGCUUAGAAAUUGAUCUUGAUGGUUUGUACAAGAGGAUGCUACUUCUCAAGAAAAAGAAAUAUGCAGCUGUUAAGGUGCAGUUUAAAGAUGGCACCCCAUAUGAGGUUAUUGAACGCAAAGGUCUUGAUAUUGUCCGCCGUGACUGGAGCUUGUUAGCAAAAGAUUUAGGAGAUUUUUGCUUGACUCAAAUUUUGUCGGGAGGGUCAUGCGAAGAUGUCGUCGAAUCAAUUCACAACUCUCUCAUGAAGGUACAAGAAGAAAUGAGGAACGGACAAGUAGCAUUGGAAAAAUACGUCAUCACAAAGACAUUGACCAAACCACCUGAAGCAUAUCCUGAUGCCAAAAACCAGCCACAUGUUCUUGUGGCACAAAGAUUGAAGCAACAAGGUUACACAUCUGGUUGCUCUGUUGGCGAUACAAUCCCUUAUGUAAUUUGCUGUGAGCAGGGUGGUAGUUCAGGCAGUGCGACUGGAAUUGCUCUACGUGCCAGACAUCCAGAUGAAUUGAAACAAGAACAGGGGACAUGGCUAAUUGAUAUUGAUUACUAUUUGUCACAACAGAUUCAUCCUGUGAUAUCACGUCUUUGUGCAUCAAUUCAGGGCACAAGCCCUGAAAGACUGGCUGAUUGUUUAGGGCUUGACACAUCAAAGUUUCAACAUAAAUCAAGUGAAGCAAGUGAUGAUCCUACAAGCUCACUUUUAUUUGCUGGUGAUGAUGAGGAGAGGUAUCGGGGAUGUGAGUCGUUGGUCUUAUCAUGCCCCAGCUGCUCUAGUGUAUUUGACUGCCCUCCUGUGUUUAAAUCUAUUUGCAUGCUGGGAAAUGAAAAGCCAACCAGCUCAGGCACGGAUGAAUCUGACUACAAUUUCUGGCGCAAGCUUUGCUGUCCCAAAUGCUUUGAAAAUGGUGCUGGUAGAAUUUCUGCUGCAAUGAUAGCCAAUCAGGUCAAACGGCAAGCAGAGAAGUUUGUUUUAAUGUAUUAUAGAGGUUUACUAAUGUGUGACGAUGAAACGUGUAAGCAUACAACUCGAAGUGUCAGCUUUCGUUUGGUUGGUGAUUCUGAGCGAGGAACUGUUUGUCCAAAUUAUCCUCGUUGCAACGGGCAUCUUAAUAGAAAGUACACUGAAGCGGACUUGUACAAGCAGCUCUCAUAUUUUUGUCAUGUGUUUGAUACUGUUUGUUAUAUAGAAAAGAUGGAGGCAAAGUCUAGGAUACCGAUAGAGAAGGAGUUGAUCAAAAUCAGGCCAAUAGUUGAUCUUGCUGCAUCAACAAUACAAAAGAUCAGGGACCGUUGUGCCUUUGGGUGGGUGAAGCUGCAGGAUCUAGUUGUUGCAAUUUAAAUUGCAGGUUUGAUGCCAAAUUCAGUUUGUCCAGAUGCUCAUAUAUGAAUCCACACCAGCAAGGGGGUUGUAGCUUGCAAGUGAAGUUAUGGUCUUAUUAUAAAGAAUGUGAAGUGUUACAGCCACAUCCUUGGUUCAUUAGAGCAGAAAUGACUUUUGUUCUCGAUUGUGUAAUUAUCAUAGAACAAUACAAAUAUUUGUAAAUGUUUUAUCCAAACCAUGUCAAAGUAGUUGAUAUAAGUUAACUUAUCCAAAAGUUUUUCAUCUUCACUUUC